UCGUCUGGAUAUUCCCAAGUCGAAAGUCUAGAAAGUGAAGCAAGUGAAAGCCAAAGUUCCACCUUUGCCUUUUCUGAUCCACCCUCAUCCUCGAAUACAUACCUGAUAACUCGAGAUGUUCAUUCUCAACUGGUUCUGGGACGUCCUCGCUCAGCUUGGUCUGGCUCACAAGAGCGGUCGUUUGCUUUUCCUCGGUCUUGACAAUGCCGGAAAGACGACCCUCCUUCACAUGCUCAAGAACGACCGUCUGGCAACGCUGCAGCCCACCCUCCACCCUACCUCUGAGGAGCUAGCCAUUGGAGCCAUCAAGUUCACCACCUACGACUUGGGAGGACACCAGCAAGCUCGCCGAUUGUGGAAGGACUACUUCCCCGAGGUAGACGGCAUCGUCUUCCUGGUCGAUGCUGCCGACUAUGAGCGCUUUGCCGAGUCGAGGCAGGAGCUAGACGCUCUCUUGGGCAUCGAGGAGCUGAACAAGGUGCCCUUCCUGAUCCUGGGCAACAAGAUUGACGCUCCAGGAGCCGUCAGCGAGGAGGAGCUGAGGCAGGCACUUGGUCUCUACCAGACUACUGGCAAGGGCAAGGUCCCGCUCAAGGACAUCCGAGCCAUUGAGAUCUUCAUGUGCUCCGUGGUCAUGCGCCAGGGUUACGGAGAGGGCUUCAAGUGGCUCUCCAACUACAUCUAGAGUGGGAGUUUGAGGAGGAGGAGGAGGAGGAGAAGAGAGGCAUUUGAUAUCUGGAGAGAUGUUCAGGCGGUCCAGGAGGGCUUACUGAGCGAGGGCUCUUGUGCCGAGAGGGUCUGGUACGUCUGUAUUACUGAUUCUAGGCAGGAGGAAUGGCCGCUCCUGUCUGGUGUCUGGUUGCAAAUGCAGGUCUUUCAGCCCC